AUGCUCUCAUAUCCACUGUGUCCCUUCUUCGUUGUGUUCUGCAACGUGGUUGGCACAUCGAAUGUGCAGGACUUCCAGCUGUUACAGGACGUUACCGACAGCAUCUCUGAACUAGUCUCAGAAAACAAAUUCGUCAAUCGGUUGCAUCGCCUCUGUACCACGUUGAUCGGCCUCUGCAAGCCACUCAUCGAGUCGGUCCAGAUGCACACGAACAACGCCAAUCUCACGAUGCCGGAAGCUACUGACUUGUCGAUGGACACGAGCACCGGCCCACUGAACCUCCCUGAUACAAAUGCGCACGUUGACGACUUCCUGACUUCCUGGGACGACGACCGAAUGUGGACUUUGUUCCAGUCGCAACCCUCUCUCGAUUGGUUCAAUGCGGACAUUCUGGACCCUGCUUGGGAUCUUGGGUUGCCGAAAUGA